UGGAAUGAGAGAGGCUGUACUUUAACCAGGCUGACAUGUUACCCGCAGUAGUGUCGCCUCCCGGGUAAAGCUGGAAUAAUGGAAGAGGAGGAGCAGCUGCGCUCUUUGAUGUUUCUCGUGACUUACAUGCUGCUGAAGCGCAUGAGAGACAUAAACGACGCAAACAUUCAGAGACGCAACGAGAUCCAAAGACGCAUCAGACACCGCCAGUACUUCUUCCAGAGACAGAGGAGGAUGCUCAUGAUGAUGAUAGCGGGAGGCGUCCGCUCCAAUGCCCGCAUCCGCACUCGUCCCUGGACCACCACUCCAAGCACAGACUGGUGGGAGCGGGUUGUCAUGACAGAAUUCCAGCCCUCUGAUUGGCUGGAUAAGUUUCGCAUGAACCGAGAGACGUUCUUCUACCUCUGCGACAAGCUGAGGCCCCGCCUGGCUCGACGGGACACCAGUUUCCGCCUGGCACUGCCCGUGGAGAAGCGUGUAGCUGUAGCUUUGUGGCGCCUGGCAUCCAACAUCGAGUACCGCACCAUCAGCGCCUUGUUCGGUGUGGGGAAGUCGACCGUGUGCAGGUGCGUUAGAGACAUGUGUCACGCCAUCGUGGCGCUCCUCAGCUCCAUCUACCUCCGAUCGCCAGGUGAGCAGGAGCUGGAGGAUUCAGCUCAGCUGUUCCUGUCUCACUGGGGUUUCCCUCACUGCGUCGCUGCUAUAGCAACACUCCACACAGCUAUUAUCACCCCAUCAAGCAACGCGUCUGACUACGCCAACCCCGCCGGCUGGCUCUCAGUCAUGUCGCAGGUGGCUGUUAGCGGUCGGGGGCACUUCUGGGAUGUAUGUGCCAGUUUCCCAGGCGGGACAGAUCCAGCUGAGAUCUUACAGAACUCUUCGCUAUGGGCAACAGCCGCCGAGGGUGGACUCUCACCUGCCCCGCCACCUACCUUCAUGGGAAAAUCACUCAGGUAUGUGUUGCUGGGUGAGGCCUGUUACCCGCUCCAGAGCUGGCUGAUGAAGGCCUAUCCUGAGGAACAGGGCAGGACGGCGAGUCACGCAGCACUGACGGAGCAGCAGCAGCUGUUUAAUGGACGGCUUGCCCGAGCGCUGCGCGUGUCUCAGGAGGCGCUGCUGCGGCUGAGGGCACGCUGGCAGUGCCUCAGCAAGAGGAACGACUGCGGACUGGACGUGGUGCCCACCAUGAUCCUGGCUUGCUGCAUUCUGCACAACAUGUGCGAGUCUCACGGAGACGCAUUUAAAGCGGAGUGGCAGGUGGAGGUGGCCGAGGCAGAGAGUCCCCAACCCAGCCACAAACAGCUUCUCUCUACUAGCAUGAACCAAAGUAAUAAUGAGGAAGUCAGGCAGCUCUUCUGUGACUAUUUUGAAGAGCAAAAUAAGAAAAAUAAUUGAACACUUUUUUCCAUGUGCAAUUAUACCUUUUGUUACAUUACCAGCAUGACUGGAUUACUGAAAUAAGAAUCUCAAUCUGUUGCUUUUUUUAUAUUUACCUAACUUUACUUACAUUUAUCUCAUUAAAAUUUUUAUUCGGCUCUUGAAUUUCCUUCAAACUGUUCUUCAAAGAGAACAGCACAUAUAACAGAACAGAAUUAAACUGAAAAAAAGUGGAGUAUCUUAUAACAUGUCAGUUUUUCCUGAGCUCUUCUUGUGAGCCCACCCACACUAGAGACCAUGCUUUUCCAAGAGUCUUUAUCAAUGUUCAGCUUUCAAUCCAUCUGCCAGAUUAGCCUUAAAAUGUCACAUUUCCCAUACUGUGUGUUGGCAACAAUCUUAUAAAAGGCAGAGGCAAAGCAAGCAUUUCUAAACAUUACACUUAUUUAUGAUGCACUUUGGUGAAUGGGUUCCUUUUAUUAUUUUUUUUAUGGUAACAAGAAACUCCUGUAUAUGUUUUUGCUCAAAUGCACUAUUCAUACAAUAAUUCAAACUACUACAAAGGCAAUAGAUUAAACCCCUGUGAGUUAAUAAUAACAUUUAUGAUUAUUUUAUUUAAAAAUAAUAAAAUUAGAGUAGCAG